GCUAGGGCUGGUUGUAAUGGAUUUAAAUGCAGCAAUGGUACAUGUAUUGGAAUGACAGGACGUUGCAAUGGUGUGCCAGACUGUUCGGAUGAAUCAGAUGAGCAAAACUGCAACCCAUUGUGCUCUCGGUACUUUGAAUUCGCUUGUGAGAAUGGACGCCAGUGCUUGCAGAAAAUGAUGAUCUGUGAUGGAAUCCGACAAUGUGACGACGGUUCAGAUGAAGAUCCAAAUUAUGCACAUUGUACCCAGACAGAGGAGUUCAGUCGAACUUGUGAGCCCUUCAGUUUCAAAUGCUGGAAUGGAGUAUGCAUUAGCAUGGAAUGGAAGUGCGAUGGGGUGGAUGACUGUGGAGACUACUCGGAUGAAGCAAAUUGUAGGUAUCCUACUGAAGCACCUUCUUGCAUGAAGUAUUUUCAGUUCAGUUGCCAGAAUGGAAAAUGUGUACCAAUAUGGUGGAAAUGUGAUGGAGAGAAUGACUGUGGAGACUGGUCUGAUGAGGAUGGCUGCCCUGGUUCGCUUCCUGUUCCACACACUACUGAAGUUGCUUCGAGUUGUGGCCCCAACCAUUUCCGAUGUAAUUCCGGGGGAUGCAUUGUAAACCACUGGAUAUGUGAUUCUAGGCUUCGUAUGAGCACUCAAAAUGAGACCAAUCCAUUUGGGAAGUCAGUGAAUUCCUUGAAUGUCCCUGAUGAAGCUCACCAAGGCUGCGAAGGGAAGGAGCACACCACAUCCCAAACAACCCAGCCACCUACUCCAUCUAGUAGCCCCACCUGCGGCAGAAUGGGUGGAUCCUGA